GCAAGGAAAUGUGAACGGCGCCUCACUUGACAGGAGUUUUGCUACUGGGGGUUUACUUGAUCGCAGCUGCUUACCGGGCGAGGCGCAGUUCAUCUCAUACGAGCCUUUUACCCGUCAUCCCCCGCGACUAUUUAAAAACGGAGGUUAGGAGCGCUGCAAGGAACGAUUGGUUUGCUAGUACUUCUUACCAAGUGUUCUGUUUAUGCUUUUGAGAUGUCUCGAAGGAAAUGUGUUUUUGGCUGUGAUGGCACGUUGAACCUUUUCAGCUUUCCCAAAGACCCAGCGAUAAAGGGUCAGUGGAUGAAGUUUGUUUUUCGGGGCCAGCAACGGAGUUGCGUAAAUGUAUUGGUUUGUUCGCGACACUUUAUGGAUGGGUAUUUUACGAACAAGGCCCAGUACGACGCUGGGUUUUCAGACAGAUUAAAGCUGAAAGUCGGGGCUGUUCCAACAUUAGAAGGCCAUGAGUCUAAACCGCAUGCGAGCUCAUCUGGACAGGUGCCCACUAGCCACGUCAUACCUGGGUUCAGGCUCUCUGAAUGCCAAGCAGGACUUCUUCACACUGUGUCUGCUGCAACACAGGCUUGUGUGCCAAAGACAUCUAUAGGCACACAGUUUACCUGCUCUACACCCACAAGAUCUGUUGCCACACAAUUAUCCUUUGGCACACUGAAACCGUUUGUACAAAGCAAAGGCACACAGGUAACAGCCAUUGUUGCUACUGGAACUACCAAAGAAGGAACCCAGAUGCAGCUGUCAUCAACACUUAGAAAUGAAUCCACAUCUGGACUCUGUGCAAGACCCACCAAAAGGCCCCAUAUAGAAUUGCUGGAGGAGGAGGAUGUCAGAUGUUCUGAUAUUCCAGUGCCUCAUGAUUCCACUUACAAGCCUGGUGAUUCUGUCACAGAGCCCUCUGAAAUUAGUGGGAUGGAGGCCUGUAGCGACUACAACGACACCAAGUACAUCGUUUUUGAAAGGUCUCUCAAAGAGCUUUUUGAAAGAUGCCCAGUGUGCAAGUGCGUCUGUGAUGUCCAGCAACAGCAGCUUGGGACAUUUGUAUCAUUCUCUCAGGUCUGUGGCCACUGCCAAUACUCCAGAAAAUGGCAGAGUCAGCCUGUAAAAGGAACCACUCCACUUGGAAACCUGCAGAUGUCUGCCGCAGUAUAUUUCACCAACGGAUCAUUCUUUCACAUGGAAAAGAUCUGCAAAGCCAUGAAACUACAAAUACAUCAGUAUGAAACAUUCAAAAGGCAUGCCCAGAUGUUUAUGGAAACAUCCAUACAUCAUAAAGGACCUCAGCAGAUGACAGGAGCUGAUCAGAGGUCUAUAACUGAACUUUUGCUUGAAUGUGAAGAGGAGGAGCUGGAGCCAUGGCAGAUACCAGCUCCACAAGUUCACGUGAAAGAAGAUGAUGUUGGAGAGCUGACUGAUGAUUAUGAGCCUGAGUCUUCAAGUCCUCCAAGAAAUAAAGUGAAUAUUUCACCACCUAAUGUGAAAACAGAAACUCCACAGCCUGCUGUUUCCAACAGCCAAGAACUCAUUGUGACUGUUCCACAGUUAAUUAGCAACACUAACUCCGUUGGAAUUCCUGAGUUUUGGUACCCUUCCAGGUGGUCAGCAGCAACUUACCCAGAGGUGAUGACAUCCACAGUAGUACCCAGUGCCAGUGGUGGGGUCCAGAGCCAUGUACCCGAUGCCUAUGGUGCGGUCCAGAGCGAGGUGGGACGAAGUCAAGGCUAG